AGCCAGAGGCUUUAAGUGUAUGGUGCUGCUGUUGUGACCUAGGGCUGCCGUCAAUAAAAGUUCAUUUAAUAUGGUGCGUUGACGUGAGAGCAGCCUUCGUCGCCCCUCACGCCCAGAAACCUCAAGCUUCCCUUCGGCACUAUUUGCUCCCGGUGCUGCCACUCCCUGUGCUGCGGCAGUAACGGGCUUACUGCCCCGGGGUAAGAAGCCCGACACAAGCGACUCCGGAGGCGAGCGGCCCGCGCGGUGGCCUCCGGCUAACUCGGCAGCGGGGAAAGGCGCUUCAGGGCCCGGGGGCGUUUGUUCGCCCCCCACCCCGGCGACUCCGGCACCUGAAGCCUGGCGGCAACGUCUGCACCGGGUCGUCCCCUCCCCCCCGCCCCCGCCGGCGAAUGGCCGGCUGCUCGCCCGCCGCGCUCCUCCCCUUCUGGCUCUGUCCUCGCCCGCGUCGGCGAAGCAAACCCUCGGAGGCACUUCCCCUCCGGGAAAUCCAGUCGCGGAGAGGCGGCGGAGGGAGCCGGGAGCGCGGGAGGAGGCGCCUUCAACUCUUGCGGGACGACGCGGACUUUGCGCACCUGAGGAGCCCCAACCCCUUGGAAGAGACUCUGCACGCGCUGCCGGUGGGUAUUGUAUUUUUGUAGUGUUUUUAUGUGUUUUCUUCUUGCUGCGGCUCGACGCUUUCGAAGCAAGCCCACACCCGCCUGCUCACAAGUAAGUCCGUCCCGCUGAGUUCCAUGGCAUUUACUCGUAGUUAAUAAGUAUAGGAUUGCAGCUUAAGCCGAUGGUUGCGCUGCUGCGGACAGGGCAGUUCUUUCCACGUUUACGCUGGAAAAAAAGUUCAUGGAGUUUGUUUCUGAAGAAACGAGCUGCGCUGCUUAUUUUUUGUUUUUCCACUUUCCUUCCCUCUGCAAUGGGGAUGCAAAAGCAGCUGCAUUAUCUUUGACAUGCAUUGCAUGGCAAUGCUCAUUUGAAAGCCCUUUCGUGCUCUCUCUCCCACUUUAAUCACACAUUUACAAAUAGGUCUGAAAGUAAAACGAUUCACAGGUAUUUGUGUGUGAAAAAAUGGUCAUAAGAACUUCCUAAGUUUUAGACAUAGCUUGACAUGCAUGAAGUAAGCAUCGUUUUUUUCUUUUUUAUGGGGACCUUGCCAUUGGGUAUCCUCCAAUGCACCUUCUCGUGUGCAAUCCGCUGCCAUUGCUCAUUUGGCCUGCAGUUGCCCACACCAGGCAUGGAGGUGACAUGUAGCUUCAAAGGAUGCCCCUGACACCAACCCCCUGCCCCCCAACAGCCCCACUGUGGAAGCACCAUUUGGUUUGAACUAUUCAGGUAGCAGAUUUCCUUCUGGUUUACCACUUAACAAGCCUGUGUGUAGCAAUCUGUUACAAAAAGGAAUAGUAACUAAUGUAGUUUAGUUUUGCUCCACAGCUUUAGUUCUGGGCAGAGUCAUUCUGCCUUGAACCCUUAGCUGGACACUUGCAAUAGUAUGGUUCUUGCAUGGCUUUUGACGUUCAAGAGAAGACUUGGCAUGACCACUCAAGUAUGUUUCUUGCUCAGUACGCUAUUCUGCCUUGCUAUUUAGAAGAUGCCUGCACUGCCCAUCCUCCUGGUGUUUAUGUAUUGGAGAUUAGAAAACAGGUGUUUAAGAUUUCUUUCUUUCACACACCUAACCCUUGUCAGCACAGAAAAUCCACAGUACUUAUAUCCCUCCCCUUAGUUGGUCAUGGAUGCAUUUUCAUUGAUAUGUUUUCUGCUACAAGGAUUAUGAAGGAGCAUAAGUUUAAUUUUCCAGCGCUGGUACUGCGUCUGUGAUUUUCUUUUCUGUUUUAUUCUACACCUGAUAGCAUUCUAAAUAGGGGCACCAGUCCUAGUGAACCUCACUGAUGAAAUAAACCCAAUGGCUGUGAAACGUCACUGGCAACUGAUGGACAGCUAUGGCACAGCCCCUUACAGUUAGUGGCAUAUCAGUCACACUACAACCUUUCACGAUGUACACUGGUUGCGAGUAAACUAUAUGCAGUGGUGACAAAUGAUCAUGUGGAAAGCAGGGCUAGGGCACAACAUGCAAAAGGAGGGGUUGCUGGCACACCCCCCCCCCCCAUCUGCCCACUGUCUUCUCCUUUCACAGAGUCCCAGCUUCAGCUGGCAUCCCCAGUUCAAAGGAUUGGGUAGCAGGUGGUGAGGAAAGCUUCUGCCUGGCAGCCACUGCUGGUAAGAGGAGACCAGCCUUCUCUAACCUGGUUGCCAUCCAGCUGUGUUUUGGACUAGAAGCCCCAUCAGCCCCAGCCAGCAUGCUUUCUCUUCUACUUUAUUACAUGUGUGUAUGUGGACUACAGGGACAUGGGUGGCGUUUUGGGUUAAACCACAGAGCCUAGGACUUGCUGAUCAGAAGGUUGGCAGUUCAAAUCCCCGCAACAGGGUGAGCUCCCUUUGUUCGGUCCCUGCUCCUGCCAACCUAGCAGUUCAAAAGCACGUCAAAGUGCAAGUAGAUAAAUAGGUACCACUCCAGCAAGAAGGUAAACGGUGUUUCUGUGCGCUGCUCUGGUUCGCCAGAAGCAGCUUAGUCAUGACCACAUGACCCGGAAGCUGUACGCCGGCUCCCUUGGCCAAUAAAGCGAGAUGAGUGCCACAACCCCAGAUGACCUAAUGGUCAGGGGUCUCUUUACCUUUACCUAUGUGGACUACAACUCUGAUCACCUCCAGCCAGCCUGCUGUCUGGGACUGAUGGGAAUUGAAAUCCAAAACAACUGGAAGGUUGGCACAGAUGGACAAAUACUGUGGCCUGGUGUGAGGAGGUUUCCUGUGCCCUCCUGCCCUUGUUCUUCAUUCUUUUGUCAGGUGCACUCCUUUCUGCUUUGUUCACUAAGGUUGGCACCACCUUGCAUAUAAACUGCUGUGGGUGAUCUCUUCAUUUCUCAGUCAUCCCCAGGAUACAUUGCAUCCUCUUGAGUGUGUCAGAGAGAGCCCAUCCUGUGUUGCAUGGGGAGCCCCCGAGCCCCACCCCAUUUCUUAGAUAAUGAAACACAAGGACACCAAUAUUUUGGGUUAAUGGGAUAAGGCCACAACUUUAUUGGUUACAGAUGUGAGCGGUAUUGGCUUAGGCCAGGGGUCAGCAACCUUUUUCAGCCGUGGGCCGGUCCACCGUCCCUCAGACCAUGUGGUGGGCCGGAGUAUAUUUUUGCUGGGGGAAUGAAUGAAUUUCUAUGCCCCACAAAUAACCCAAAGAUGCAUUUUAAAUAAAAGCACACAUUCUACUCAUGUAAAAACACGCUGAUUCCCAGACCGUCCGUGGGCUGGAUUGAGAAGGCGAUUGGGUCGCAUCCGGUCCGCAGACCUUAGGUUGCCUACCCCUGGCUUAGGCAAUGGAACUGAACCGACUAUAUCUGACUCCUGCCCGUCAUGCAGGUAGUCUCAUAAGGGUCAACCACCAGCAGGGGAAGCCCUGUUGAUGUACAUCAACUGUGAGCUCCCCCAGGGUCCCCAAUGGGGUCGUGGCAUGGCCCUAGCCCUUACCUGGGCUUCGGACAGGAUCCACACCCCCGGAUCCCUUUAACAGAAUACCCUUAAAGAGGAGGGGCAGGUGAAGGCCACAACCUCCCCUCCCAUAAACCAGGUUUGCCAAUGCCUAACUGCCAAAUCUUACAAAGUUGUGUUGAUUGCUUCAAGGCAGGUGAAAACCACAUUGCUGGUGCCAGUUUGCCAAGUGGGGAAAUUCCUACCUGGCCCCCUCAACAGGCGACUAACUGUAGUCCAUAGCAAGCCCAAGAUGGCGAAUGCAUGGAAAUAGGGCGGGAGAUCUGACACAGGAGGAGAAAAGGAGACUGAGCCCCCAGCCACACGAAUGUUUAAAUCAGGUAAGCCACGCCCCCUGGUUGACCAUAUUGGUCGGCCGGCCGUGGGGCGUGACGCGGCCAGGACUCCCAAUGACAUGGGCAGCAUCGCUACACCCCCUGCUGUACACAGGGAGUGUUUGUGGCCAGCCUGCCUCCCUGGGAAGAUGAGUGGUUUUUCAGAACCCAGUGUUUGGAGAAGCGACUUCAUUUGCAUUUGUUGUUUGCCCAUAAUCUGCUAAAACACUAAGGCUGCAGUCCUAACCCCAUUUACCCGAGAGCAACCCCUACUGAAUUCAGUAGGACCUACUUAUGAGUAGAUACGUUUAGGAUUGUGCUGUCGAUCAAUUAACUUGGGUGCAAGUGUGUAACGGCCCUGUAGGUUUCCUAUCGCCAACUAAUGCUUGUUGUUUCCAAAUUGCUACUUGACAAUAGCAGAUGGAGGGGGGAGAGAGAGAGACAAGGCUUUUUUCAGGUUUGUGCAGUUGUUUAUGUUAUAAAUGUGCCUGGGACAUUCCCAGCAAAAGCAUCUGGAAUGAAUCGAGGUCACCAGCCUUUCUUGCAUGAAUAUGAAAGUGCAGGCACUGGUGGGAGGGGGGAAGUUUUGGGACUUUCCCUUCUGUUGGCACAAGAUCCAGCCAAGCAAAAGCUGCUGGGAGGGCAGCCAACUGAACCGAAAGUGCAGGAAGAAAGUUUGGCUGCUUCAAAACGGCUCAGAAAUUACUGCUGUUUGGUCUUCAAGAGACCAGAGCUCAAUUUUAUCUCUAGCCCUCAACUUGUUGAGCAGCCUUCAGUUGAUUCCCCCGUCUGUAAAAUGAUGGCUUGUCUCGCUUUACAACAAUUGUGAGAAUGAGAGUUGGCCCGUGUAGACUAAAGCACUGUUUACAUGGACAAUAGCUGUCCUGUGCUACAGUUUAGUUUAUGAGCACCAAAAUGACAAUCAGAUAGUAGCACAGGACAGCUAUUGCCCAUGCAGUGCAACUGAUGCUGCCAAACAUUUGGAAUGGCCAUUUUGGAUUUACUGCCUGUCUGCAGGAUACCUUCCAAGGUGGCAGUGCCCAUGGCAACAGCUUUGGCAAAUACCCACAGCAGCGAUUCCCCCCAAACAGCCUGUGGUUCAACUAAGUUUGACUCAGUGUGAAAUGGAUGGACAUUAAGUUAGGGUCACUAAUUUCUUUGGGUCUACUCAUGAGUAAAGCUUUGUUGAAGGCCACCCUUGAUAUUAUUAUUAUUAUUGAAUUUAUAUACCACCCUAUAUCCAGGGGGUCUCAGGGUGAUUCACAGAAUAAAAUCAAGAUAUAAAACCACAAAAUAACUAAUAAAAAUAAAAGCAACAACCCAAUAACCCACCCCACCCCCAAAAAAUACAUUAUAAAAGGGUAUGGGAUGUAAAUCAGAUUAACCAAAUGCCUGGUUAAAAAGGAACGUUUUUGCUUGGCACCUAAAGGUGUCUGUAUAUUAGUGGCUGAAGCCAGGGGCAACUGCCUGAUUGGUUCUCUUGUCAAGCCUCUAUCUAUCAGUGAACUUUAUGUGAUUAAAUGCUUUUAAUAGUGAAUUAAAAACAAAUUCACACAAUUCUGUUUCUGUUUCUUUCUUCCUUUUUCACCCCUCCACCACCACCACCAUUUAGGCAGUCAUGUUUGAGCAAGUCUGGUGCCUGUGGUUCAUCUCUGCUGUUGGAGCUGUGAGUCUCUCUGCCCAGCAGAUCAGCCCGUUUUGUGAUGCCACUCACUUUUGCAACUAUUCUUCAAGGGCUUUACGUGCAGUUCCUUCUGGGCUAGAAGAUGAUAUUGUGAAGCUGGAUUUGACCUCCAACAGUAUAGAGCACAUCGGGGAAGAGGACCUGAAGUUUGCCAUCAAUCUGAAAACUCUUUUGCUCCAAUCUAACCAAAUUCGGACAAUUGAUGGGAAGGCCUUCCGCUCCCUUGUAAAGCUGGAAUACUUGGAUUUAUCAAAGAACAAACUGUCUCACUUGUCGCCCUCUUGGUUCAGGCCCCUUUCUUCCUUACAGAAGUUGAACCUAAUAGGUAACUUCUACCAACUUCUUGGGGAAGCUCCACUGUUUUCUGAAUUGCCAAAACUGAGAUACCUGUACUUUGGAAAUGGCAACUUCUCUGCUUUACAGGCACAUGACAUGGAAGGAAUUUCAACUCUUGAAGAACUGGAAAUUGAAGGACACAACCUCAAACAAUAUGUAGCAGGAACUCUGAAAUCAAUUAAGUUGAUAAAUCACAUUAUGUUGAAUAUUCCCCCCGAUGCCACUUUAGCUGCAAUUAUAUAUGAUGUUACAGAUUCUGUGGUGUGUCUUGAACUGAGAAAUAUACAAAUCCUUGAUAUGCCGCCCAUUCCCUAUUCUGAUCCAGUGCUUCUUACAGCUGUGCAGAAAGUUAUCCUUAGAAAUGUUGAACUUUCGGAUAUGUCUGUCAUUCAGAUUGCACCCAUAUUUGCCCGUAUGAAACAAAUGCAAGAGGUAGAGAUAGUAGAUUGCAGGUUUGAAGGUACUGGGCAGUUUUAUGGUCUUCAAGAUGCUCCAACUUCCCUGCAAGUGAUAACAGUCAGAAAUUUGACAAUUACCAAGUUUUAUUCCUUUUCAGAUCUUUCUUCUGUGACGCCUCUUGUAACAAACUUAACCAGACUUACACUUGAAAAUGCAUUUGUUUAUUUGGUGCCCUGUGAUCUUGCAAGGCACUUCUAUUCCCUCCUGUAUCUUGAUUUCAGUGGGAAUUUGUUGCUAGAUCCGUAUUUGAAAAAAUCAUUGUGUGCGGAUGCCUGGCCUAGAUUACAAACUUUAAAUGUUAGUCGGAAUUCUUUGAAGCAGAUUUCAGUAGUAGCAGAAAGUGUAGCUCUUAGACGGCAUCUUAUUAACUUGGAUAUAAGUCAAAAUAACUUUGAAGCAAUGCCAGCCUCGUGUGUUUGGCCCAGAAGUCUGAAAUUUUUAAAUAUAUCUGGCUGUAAAUUAAACAUGCUCACAAACUGCAUUCCUCGAAGUCUCGAAGUACUGGAUGUUAGCCAUAAUAACCUCAAAGACUUCAGACUGAGCCUGCCUGACCUGCAGGAGCUUUACAUCAAAGACAACAGAUUGACAACCCUACCGGAUGCUGCCUCAAUUCCUAGUGCUAGAAUCAUAAAUAUUAGACGAAACCAAAUAUUCGACUUCAAUGAGCAGCAACUUGUCAAAUUUGCAAAAAUCGAGAAACUGGAUGCACGUUACAACAGUUUCCGCUGCUCGUGUGAAUUUGUAUCCUUCACGCAGUCGCAACAAGGACCAUCUAAUGUCUUUGUUGCCUGGCCAGAAAACUACAUCUGUGACUCUCCAGAGCAUGUAAGAGGGAAGCAAGUGGGAGCUGUUCAGUUUCGACCCUCUGACUGCCACCUGACUUUGAUGGUGUCCUUAAUCUGCAUCCUGAUGCUGUUGGUCGUUGUGGCGGCGGCUGUUCUUUGCCACAAGCUUCAUGCCAUCUGGUAUAUGCAAAUGACCUGGGCGUGGCUUCAAGCGAAACGCAAGCCCCAGAGAAACCACAAGAAAGAAACCUGCUAUGAUGCCUUUGUUUCCUACAGCGAGCAGGACUCUGAAUGGGUGGAAAACGUCAUGGUGCAGGAGCUGGAGCAAGCUAAUCCCCCAUUUAAACUCUGCCUCCAUAAAAGGGAUUUUACGCCUGGCAAAUGGAUUGUGGACAACAUUAUCGACUCCAUUGAGAAGAGUUCUAAAACUCUGUUCGUGCUGUCAGAGCACUUUGUACAAAGCGAGUGGUGCAGGUACGAACUCGAUUUCUCUCACUUCCGGCUUUUUGAUGAGAACAACGAUGCAGCAAUUCUGAUCCUUCUGGAGCCCAUUCCAGAGAAGACCAUCCCCAAAAGGUUUUGUAAACUCAGGAAACUAAUGAAUACAAAAACCUACCUUGAAUGGCCAAGGGAUGAAGUUCAACAGCAAAUAUUUUGGUUUAAUUUGAAAACGGCAAUAAAAUCCUAGCAGAGACUGUAGGGUACGAAGGGAUGGGAGAAUCUGUGGUUUCCUGUUUCUCUCAGCUUCUCAUUUUACCAGCCUUAAGCUUUCCACUUUUUUACAUCAGUUUGCACUUUACCAAAAAAAAAAAAAAAAUUCCUUAUGAGAAUUCAGCUAAUUUUUCCUUCAUAUGCACAUUUCUGCAAAACCGUUUUGUGCGUUGUAUAUGUAUUUUUAUGUGCCCAUGACCUCGGUGCAUGCAUUAUUUGCAAUACUUGGUUGAAAAACUGCAUUGCGAAAUUCAGAGAGUUUUGAAGACUGGCUGCAUUUCUGUACAGUUUCAGAAAGUGCAGAUUAUAUGAGUUUGCCUUUAAAUGUGAACUGGAUCAAAUUUCUUCCUUGUCCCUGAUGUAUGUGAUCCUUUCAGUCUGAGCUGUGUGCUUCACUCUUAUGUGAAGCAUGUAAUAGGGUAGGCAGUUGGUAGCUGGGAUGAGCAGAUUAAAAAAAAGAGUAUAGCACUCUUUCACCUUUAAUAGUCUGCCUGUAAGAUGGAAUUCUCUCUUCUUCAUAACUACUAAAGGUGCAGGAGUCCUAGUCCCUUAAUUUUUUAAACCUGGCCACCUUACUGGCAGUCCAGACCCAGCCUAAUCCUCAGGAUUCCAGCACCUGACCCCCAAGACGACAGCUGAAUCCUUUUUUUUUUUUAAUGAUAUUUAUUAAAAUUUCAAAAGGAAAAAAUUACAUUAAAAAGAAAAUUAACAGUAAAAAGAAAAAAUACAAAAUACAAAAAAGAAAAACCAAUUAAAAACAAUUCCAUCUUUUCAUCCCUUCUUUUACAUUUACUUGUUUCCCAGACCUCCUCAUACCUCCCUCUUUUGUAUUCCAAUUCAAUUUAUUAAUCCAGCGAUUCCUUUCCCUCCUUUUUAAUCCUGAUCUUUAAUCCUGAUAUAUUAUAACAUUAAAUUUUUAGAUAUUAAAAACCAAUUUUUCCAUAUUCUUUUAUACCAUUACAGCUAGAAACCACUUAACUUCAAUCCAACAUCAUUCUAACAUUCAUUAAUUUUGCAAUAUUUCUGUAAAUAGUCUUUAGACGACAGCUGAAUCCUAAGGCAUACACCCUUUAUGCAACUUUGCCUCCACACUGCUGCCAAAAAAAUUAGCAAAGUGUAAUGCCUCUCCAUGGGACGUGGGUGGCGCUGUGGGUUAAACCACAGCGCCACUUGCCAGUCAGAUGGUCGGCGGUUCAAAUACCCACGACGGGGUGAGCUCCCGUUGCUCGGUCCCAGCUCCUGCCAACCUAGCAGUUUGAAAGCACGUCAAAGUGCAAGUCAAUAAAUAGGUACCGCUCCGGUGGGACGGUAAACAGCAUUUCCAUGCGCUGCUCUGGUUCUCCAGAAGUGGCUUAGUCAUGCUGGCCACAUGACCCGGAUGCUGUCUGCAGACAAAUGCCAGCUCCUUCGGCCAGUAAAGUGAGAUGAGCGCCGCGACCCCAGAGUCGGUCACGACUGGACCUAAUGGUCAGGGGUCCCUUUACCUUUACUUUUACUGCCUCUCCAGUUUGGACAGCAGCAGUUGCUCCUUUGGAGUGUUCCCUUUUGUGCCUCAGCUGCUCAUAUUUGCAUGUAAGGCAGGACACCAGCCAAUGGGAGCAAGCUGCACAAGCUCCUAAGGCAGGCAUAGGCAAACUCUGCCCUCCAGAUGUUUUGGGACUACAACUCCCAUCAUCCCUGACCACUGGUCCUGCUAGCUAGGGAUGAUGGGAGUUGUAGUCCCAAAACAUCUGGAGGGCCAAGUUUGCCUAUGCCUGUCCUAAGGCAAGGACAGUGAACCUGCGACCCACCAGAUGGUGGUGGUUUAUAGCUCUCACCACCCUUGCCUGAAGAUGCAUAGUGAAGAGGGACUGCCCCGCUCAGUGCUCUCAGUGCUUUGAGCUGUGCAAGAGCACAUUUGUACAGGUUGCUAUUUAUACACUGGAAGGGCAGGAAGCACUUGCUGCGUGGUCAGAAUGCUCUUUCAAGCUUGCUGUAUGCUGCUUCACACAUUGACUGAUGCCAUUAUAGUUUCCUGUGUACCUGGUGUCUUUGCUGGCCAAGUCCUGCAUUUUGUAACAUCGUAAUAAAACAUUCUUAUAAAACGCA